UGCGGGGCAUGGAUACAUGGAACAUGAAUGAUCGAGUGUCGUUCACUCAGACUAACCCGCUGUUUGAAAUGUCGCUGAGCAGGAGUGAUCGCUACAGCUUCCAGCCUGACGAUCUGAAGCCAGAGCGGACCCGGAGACAUUGGUGCUUUUACUUCAUUAUAGUUUACCUCAUCCUGCUGACUGGCCUCAAUGCAUUUCUCAUUUAUAAAGUGUUCACUUUGGAGUCUUCGCUUUCUAACCCUCAGUUGGGGAAGCAAACGUCCAAUCACAUUCCUCAGGACGGAGAUGUGGGCGACAACUUCCAGAUUCUGCUUCACAACAACAGCCAAGAAACAAAGAACCUGAGGUCCAACGUUUCGGCCCUGCAGAGCCAGAUGAACGGCCUGUGUGGGAAGGACGGUCAGCUGCACCGACUCACGUCUAAUCUGAACCUGCUCAACACCAGCACGCUCAAGCUGGAGGGCAAACUGAGCAGCAUCAGCCUCAAACCAGGUCCUCCUGGUCCAGCUGGGUUACGGGGACUUCCAGGAGAGAAGGGACCCAAAGGUGACAGUGGUGUUAUUGGACCCAAAGGGGGUGAAGGACCCAAAGGAGAGCGAGGAGAUGUUGGCCCACCUGGACCCGCUGGACCUCCUGGAUCAUCCGGAAGCCAAGGUGCAAAGGGAGAAAAAGGAGACUCCGGGGUCCAAGGCCUGAAAGGUGACGUGGGGGAAGCAGGUCAUUCAGGAAUACCCGGGACUCCUGGGCUCAAGGGAGACAGAGGAAAUGAUGGUCAACAAGGACUUCCAGGUUUAAUUGGACCUCCUGGUUUCAAUGGAACUCAGGGUGACAGUGGUGUUAUUGGACCCAAAGGGGGCGAAGGACCCAAAGGAGAGCAAGGAGAUGUUGGCCCACCUGGACCCGCUGGACCUCCUGGAUCAUCCGGAAGCCAAGGUGCAAAGGGAGAAAAAGGAGACUCCGGGGUCCAAGGCCUGAAAGGUGACGUGGGAGAAGCAGGUCAUUCAGGAAUACCCGGGACUCCUGGGCUCAAGGGAGAAAAGGGAGACAGAGGAAAUGAUGGUCAACAAGGACUUCCAGGUUUAAUUGGACCUCCUGGUUUCAAUGGAACUGAAGGUCCUCCUGGACCAGCAGGCCCUAAAGCAGACGUAGAAUUGAAUGUGCGUCUCGUGCCGGGGCCGAACCAGGGCCGCUUGGAGGUGAAGUACAAUGGCGUAUGGGGCACGGUAUGUGACGACAACUUCGACCCCACGGAUGGAAAGGUGGUCUGUAGGAUGCUGGGCUUCAAAACUGUUACUUCGACCUUCACUGCCAGCCCAGGCACGGGGGAGAUCUGGCUGGAUGACCUGCACUGUACGGGGACAGAAGCAGAUAUCUUUAACUGUCCUCACCCGCUAGUCGGUGUCCACAACUGCGGUCACAGCGAGGACGUCGGAGUGGGCUGUGUUUAAGCUGAAACCAAGAAAAAGAAAGUGAUGUUUUAUUGUGAUCGUUUUGAUAACAUGCAGGGAGAAAAUGACCGGCAGGAAUCAAAAAUAGAUCUCACAUUUACUCGACUGACUGCAGGGAGGAGAACAGUACUGAUGCUAAUUAUACCCACAGCUGGAUCUCAUUUCAUAUUCAUAAAACAUAGAAUAUAAAAUGAUUUUUUUAUCGCUAAACACAUUAGCUUUAAUGACAGCGUAGUGUAAACAGAAUCAUGCUGAUUUCACUUUCGUUAUAUUCCACAAAUGAGACAGAGCUGCAACCGUCUGCCUCUUUAGCUCAAAUCAUCAUCUGUCGCGCCAUCCUCAUCAAUCCUCCUCCUCCCCCCCUCGGCCCCUCUCCCCCUCAGCGACACACCACAUCACCUCCCGUCCACCCAACAUCACAAUACACCAAUCUGCAUCGGUCAGCAGAGAUGAGGAGGUCACAUUGAAGGAUUGGAAAUGUUUCUGACACAGCUGGCAUGUCACGUUUUUUCCUGACGCCUCGGGAAUAAAAACUGUAGAUCAGAGGAGGAGGAGAAGGAGGAGGAGGAGGAGGAGGAAGAAGAGGAGGGAGAGGAGGAGGAAGAGGAGGAGGAGGAGGAAGAGGAGGAGGAGGAGGAAGAGAGGGAGGAGGAAGAAGAGGAGGGAGAGGAGGAGGAGGAGGAAGAGGAGGAGGAGAGAGAGGAGGAGGAGGAAGAGGAGAGGGAGGAAGAGGAGGAGGAGGAAGAGAGGGAGGAGGA